AUGGUGGAAAGAUUCACUCAAAUACCAGCGCCGAGGGCAAUUGAUGUCUUGGAAACCUCUGAUGCUGCGUACUUGCUCAUGACACGAGUCCCAGGCCGCCCAAUAGGCCAGUUGCUCGAUACAAUGACCGACAAGCAAGUGCACAACGUUGUAGCUGACCUCAAACGUUAUGUUGCCGAGCUGCGAGCGAUCCCCAACCAAGUCAGCAAGUUUCAAAUAUGCAACUCUGAAGGUGGCGGGAUCUUGGACUGGCGCAUCCGUGACAGCCAAUCAGAGGAAUUGCGCUUCGAAACAGAGACCGACUUCCACAACCAUCUAACUCGAAAGAUGACUGACGAUACUCGAAGGCAAGCGGCCAAGUCGCAUACCAUUCCACAUGCAAUUGUCUUUACGCAUAGCGACUUAAAUCCUAGAAACAUUCUCGCUGAAAAUGGCAGGAUUACUGGCAUUGUCGAUUGGGAGAAUGCAGGCUUUUUCCCGGAGUACUGGGAGUAUACCAAGACGCAUUACACAGUUCGACAUGUGAUUCGAUGGCUGGCUGACGUGGUAGACCAAACUUUUGAGGGUUACCGGGACGAGCUGUAUGUGGAUAAUAUGCUGUCUGAUUUAGCAGGUCCCUUCUAA